CCCAGACAGACCCUGCCCUUUCCUUUCUGUCGCCCAGUCUGUGGAUUCUGUUGUAGAGGAUUGGGACACUUACAAUGGGAAGCUUUCUCUACGGCCUGCAAUGCUGACACUCCACUCCCUCCUGCUGGGAAUUCAUGUUAAGCGCCCCCUGUGCCCCCUGUGCCCCCUGUGAAUGUCUGUCACUAUGGCUAAGCGUGAGACCGGCAGCACCAGCCCUGUGGUCAGGCAGAUAGACAAGCAGUUCCUGGUCUGCAGCAUCUGUCUUGACCAUUAUCAUAAUCCCAAGGUGCUGCCCUGCCUGCACACCUUCUGUGAGAAAUGCCUACAGAAUUAUAUCCCUCCUCAGUCUCUGACACUGUCAUGCCCAGUAUGCAGACAGACUUCUAUCUUGCCAGAGAAGGGUGUGGCUGCCCUGCAGAACAACUUCUUCAUCACAAACCUAAUGGAAGUUUUACAGCGGGACCCAGAGUGCAGCCGACCUGAGGCCGGCAAUGUUCUUGAGUCAGCCAGUGCUGCCACAGCUUGCCAGCCCCUCUCAUGCCCCAACCAUGAGGGAAAGGUGAUGGAGUUCUACUGCGAGUCAUGUGAAACAGCCAUGUGUCUGGAGUGUACAGAGGGAGAACAUAGGGAGCAUGUGACAGUUCCUCUGAGGGAUGUGCUGGAACAGCAUAAGACAGCCCUGAAAAAUCAGCUGGAUGCUGUGCGCAACAGACUACCUCAGCUGACAGCUGCCAUUGAGCUUGUAAAUGAGAUCUCCAAGCAGCUUACAGAGAGGAAAAAUGGGGCAGUAACUGAGAUCAGUAACACUUUUGAUGAGCUGGAGAAGGCCUUACAUCAACGCAAGAAUGCUCUUAUUACUGAGGUGGAAAACAUCUGCAGCACCAAGCAGAAGGUGCUGCAAGCCCAGCUGACCUCUCUGCUUCAAGGUAAAGAGAACAUUCAAAGCAGCUGCAACUUCACAGAGCAGGCCUUGAACCAUGGCAGCGCCACUGAGGUCCUGUUGGUCCAGAAACAGAUGGGUGAGCGGGUCAGUGCCCUGGCCCGUCACCACUUUCCUGAGUAUCCCCAUGAGAAUGGACAUCUGGAAUGCCAGGUAGAAACGGAUGGCCUACGACGCUCUAUCCAAAACCUGGGAGUCCUGAUCACAACAGGAGCUGUGGGCCACACGAGCGUAGCCACUGGUGAAGGCCUGAGACAUACACUGGUUGGCCAGCACACCACUGUCACAGUCACUACUAAAGAUAAGGAAGGAGAACUGGUGAAGACUGGUAAUGCUGCUCUGAGGGCAGAGAUUAUCUCUGCAGAUGGAGCGUGCACUGAGGCUGAGGUGGCGGACAACAAGAACGGCACCUAUGAGGUUGGAUAUACCAUUCGCUCAGAGGGAGAAUUCAGCUUCUCUUUGCUGCUAUAUGAACAGCCUGUGAGGGGGAGUCCGUUCCGCUUGCGUGCUGUCAAACCCUCAGAUGUCCUGCAGUCACCAGACGAUGUGAAGAGAAGAGUGAAGUCCCCGAGUGGAGGAGGAGGUCAUGUUCGACAGAAGGCUGUACGGAGGCCCUCCAGUAUGUACAGCACUACCAAGAAAAAGGAGAACCCAAUAGAGGAUGAGCUGAUCUACAGAGUGGGAACAAGAGGGCGAGAUAAAGGAGAAUUCACAAACCUACAAGGCAUUUCAACCUCCAGUAAUGGCCGCAUUGUGGUGGCAGACAGUAACAACCAGUGUAUACAGGUGUUUACAAAUGAUGGCCAGUUCAAGAUGAGGUUUGGGGUUAGAGGUCGUUCACCAGGGCAGCUGCAGCGCCCCACAGGGGUCACAGUGGACAUGAACGGUGACAUCAUUGUGGCAGACUAUGACAAUAGAUGGAUUAGCAUCUUCUCCUCGGAUGGAAAGUUCAAGAGCAAAAUCGGUGCUGGACGACUGAUGGGACCCAAAGGUGUUGCUGUGGAUAAGAAUGGACACAUCAUCACUGUUGAUAACAAGGCCUGUUGUGUCUUCAUCUUCCAAUCUAAUGGGAAGCUGGUGACAAAGUUUGGGGCCAGAGGAACGUCAGACAGACACUUUGCAGAAAAAAGUGGUGCAAACAUUGCACUGGAACAAAAGCUUAGUAAAUCUGGCCCUGUUUUCAGUCCUCACUUUGUGGCUGUAAAUAACAAAAAUGAAAUUGUGGUAACAGACUUCCAUAAUCAUUCAGUCAAGGUGUACAAUGCAGAUGGGGAGUUCCUGUUUAAAUUUGGCUCCCAUGGGGAGGGGAAUGGACAGUUCAAUGCUCCAACAGGCGUGGCUGUGGAUGCCAAUGGAAAUAUCAUUGUUGCUGAUUGGGGUAACAGUCGGAUCCAGGUGUUCGACAGCUCAGGGUCCUUCCUGUCCUACAUCAAUACAUCAGCGGACCCCCUUUAUGGCCCCCAGGGCCUGGCCCUCACUUCUGAUGGUCAUGUGGCAGUGGCAGACUCUGGGAACCACUGUUUCAAGGUCUACCGCUACCUGCAGUAAAGCUGCAACGCCAUCUUUACCACUGCAAGCACUGACAACGACACAACCAAUGUAUUCCACAGGGUGCAAUGACAUUUCCAAUACAGCCUUUUGAUGUGCACAUCAGCUGAUUUCCCAGAUAUAAUUAAAGUGUCUGAACCUGAGUUUACCCUUCCUAUGAUGUGUAUUGAAGGAUGUUUUUAAAGUUGAGUGAUGUAGCGUCCUUGGGACAAGUAAUGGACUUAAAACUACGGACAGAACGUGCAAAAGCAUUUUUGUGAGUUACACAAUAGUACACUAUUGAUGGUAUUAUUAAACUACAUCUGUGAGACUGGACAGGGUAGUAGGUAGAUUGAAGUAUUUAAUGAGCCAUAACUUGUCCGACUGCAUGAAGUUUUAUUUUAUCUUGAUGCCUAGGCAACAACACAGUGUACCCAUUGGUUGCUUUUCUCAUUAACUAGUUAAUGCUUACAGUGAAAUGAACAGCGCUACACUUCUCCAGCAAUUAAAUGUAAAAUUUCUUAUUAACUACAUAAAAAUGUCACCACCAUCUGUGCAUUGAUUUGCUGUAUGUACUGUAUAUACAUAAAUGUAUAUUGUGUAUAUUAGAUCACUCCGUACGUAUGUGCUAUGAUUUUGAAACACUCAGCCUUUCGGCUAUUCAGAGAGCAGCAGUCAAAGAUUCCAGGAUUUCAAACGUGUAUGGCAGCUGUUAAAAAGUGUGCUUUUGAAACUUACCCAGCACACGCUUAAAAGAAGAAAAGUGUCAUAUUUAUUGCUAAUGUAAGCAGCACAUACUCAUUUUUGUUUAUAUAUGUGGUUUUAAAGGGAAAAAAACUAUUGAAAAAAAAGCUAAUUUAUUUUAUUUUAUACACUAGCUCAGCAUUUACAAAUUAUUUUUCUAAAUUGAUGUGCUUUUUUUCUUUCACACUUCAUCUGUUUUCUUAAAGGGAUGUUUCACCUUAAAACAGAAUUCAGUAUCCACCCCAACAUCAUGAGGAUAAUGACCAGUGAUUGUGCACAUGAGCAGCUCUUUUCCAAAGCUACAAACCCAUCUCUGAUUUUAGUGAAAUACCCUCAACAGUUAUGUUUUUGAAGCCUUUCUGUUCAGAAUUAGUGUUAGGCUAAGAUAUGGAGUCAAUGCAUGUUUGGCCUUUUACAAUUAAAGAGCUUUGCUUCAUUGAAGUGCUGACAGGUAUAAAACAGAAAGUACACACAUAUCUCAGGAAAUACAUCCAAAUUAGAUCACCAUAUCAAUAGGACUACUUCAAAUAUUGCUUCUUUUUUUCUUCUUUCUUUGACAGAGACUUUUGGAGCAUUGUGAGAACAUUGUGAAUUUGUGCAAAUGCAGUUUUGAUCCAAGAUCAUAGGAAUUAAUGUGGUGGAAUAUGAAUUCUGUUUUAAUGUGUUUCUUUUUGGGCUUUCACAUAGGAAACAGUCGCUAAGGUAUUAAAUGAUAAUUUAUUACAUUUUCCAGCAAGCACAUGCUUUAGAAUACACUUGCCUACGAUACUGUUGUAAGCUUUCUGAGUUUCUGCCUGCACUGCAUCAAGCCAUGACUACCACAGAAAAAUACUCCUGUACCAGUAGAGCCGUUGCUGCUCUUGCUCCCUCUGGUGUUCAUUCGGUGUAAGGUCAUAAGAAAAACUGGUGCCACAGCAGAAGAGAGACCAGGUGUAGGGAGAAGGCAGCUUCCUGGUCUGACAUCAGCAUUGUACUAAACAACAAAACAUCAAUAUUAGCCUUCCCUAGUUUGGAGAUUGUCUGGGAUAAAAGAUAUGACCUGAUUUCACCAGUUCAAUCAACCAGGAAGCUGCUGUUUUUCAUGCACUUGAUCUGCUGUUUGACUUGUUGCCAAACAAGGUGCCCAGACAGGGCUCACCUUUUAGAGAUGUGUCCGAAGCAAUUUUACCCUACGCUGUUUGUCUCACAAAAAUUCAAACAUUUGGUUUUCUCUAUGAAUAUGCACUGGUAAU